GCCGGGGUCGGGGAUAAACACAGCUGGAGCGGACGCUGGCUCCAGGGCCACGGCAGCGGCUGCACUGCAGCCACGGCGCCAGCCCGGCCCUGCCCGCCAGGAUCCUGCCUGCUGUGGGCAGGAGCGGGGCUGGGACUGAUGGUGACACUAUGGCCACAGCCCAGGUGUGCCACGGCUCACUCCCAUCCCAUUCUGGGCCGGAUGCACAGCACGGCAUGGCAUGGCACAGAAUGGCACGGGAUGGCACGGGAUGACACGGGAUGGCACGGGAUGGCACAGGAUGGCACAGCAUGGCACGGGGUGCCAUGGAUGCAGCACCCUGGGGACCGUGUGCUUCCCAUGCACACCGGCCAUGUGGCACAGGUGUGUCCCUGGGUGAGGGCAGGCAGGUCCCCAUUGGGGGUCUCUGUCAGGGGAAUGUGCCUCCCUGGGAGGCUCAUCCAGGCACUGGAUGAACCAAGGGGCUGUGACCCCUGUGCAGCCUCUGGCCUCGGGGUGUCAGAGCGGGGACACCACGGUCAGCCAGCCCUAGAGUGUCCCCUCCCUGAGGCUCUUCUCCUCCCCCAGGCUGCUGAAGGGACAGCAGGACCACCGGGAUGCAGAGCAUCAAGUGCGUGGUGGUGGGAGACGGGGCGGUGGGCAAGACCUGCCUGCUGAUCUGCUACACCACCAACGCCUUCCCCAAGGAGUACAUCCCCACCGUCUUCGACAACUACAGUGCCCAGAACACGGUGGACGGCAGGACUAUAAACUUAAACCUGUGGGACACGGCCGGCCAGGAGGAGUACGACCGCCUGCGGACGCUUUCCUACCCCCAGACCAACGUCUUCAUCAUCUGCUUCUCCAUCGCCAGCCCGCCCUCCUACGAGAACGUCAAGCACAAGUGGUACCCCGAGGUGUGCCACCACUGCCCCAGCGUGCCCAUCCUGCUCGUGGGCACCAAGAAGGAUCUGAGGAACAACCCCGAGACCAUGAAGCGGCUCAAGGAGCAGAACCAGGCGCCCAUCACCACCCAGCAGGGCAUCAGCCUGUCCAAGCAGAUCCGUGCCGUCAAGUACCUGGAGUGCUCGGCGCUCAACCAGGAGGGCAUCAAGGAUGUGUUCACCGAGGCCGUCAGGGCCGUGCUCAACCCCGCCCCGGCCAAGCCCAAGAAGCCCUGUGUGCUCUUGUGACGGGGCUGCCGAGAGACGAUCCUGCCCCUGCCCCAGUGCCCCCACGCCUCCUGCCCCACCCGCCCCAGUGCUCCCCGAGCCUCGGUGGGGCCGGGCCGCCCGCCCGAAGCCUCCAGCUUUAAUAAUACAGACCUUGUUUGCACUAACUGGCCGCUGCCCCGGGGGCACUGGGGCUGCCCCGCCCCGGCUGUCAGCGUUCGCUUUUGGUGACGCCUCUCCGGUCCUGGCACAGCAACGCUUCCUGAGAAGGGGAUGCCCAGGGUGGGCCAACCCCACUCCAGCCUGAGCACCCCACAGGGCCCUGACACCCCCAGUCCUCCAUGGACACCUGCCACCUCCACCCUCUACACCAGCUGGGGCACAGCGGGUCCCCAGCCCCUCUGUGCCAGCCCUGGCACUCGCCCAGCCCAGAGCAUCUCGCUGGCACUGCCCCAUCCUGCCCUGGGAUCCCGGUGGCAGCACCAGUGGCACCUGGGGGUGUUUGGGGUGAGCCCCAUACCAGGGACCUCCAGCCCUUCUGAGAGCAGAGCCAGUGUGGCCAGAGGAGAGAGUUCCUGCCCUGGCUGGUGCUGGAGCUCAUAACCAGCUGCCCCCAGAGUUGCUUACUCUUAAAUAAAAACCUGCCCAGGCCCCCUGUGUCCUGUGCUUUCCCACCUUUCCUGGGCAUGGGGACACUCCCUGGAGGGAUGUGGGUGUCACCAGCAUGAGCUGGGCUGGGACCCUCACCGGGCCAGGGCCAAGCUGAGGGUGCUCAUGGUGCUGCCAGGGAAAGCUUGGGAUGUCCCUGCCAUGGCCAUUC